CCCAAAUUUGAGUCCAUUUCAUAGAGCAACCAGAUCUGUGACAAACUGCCAAUUAAGCAUUAGCAGUAGGCUUUCUGAAUCAGGCCCAUGAUUUCAUCAAUCAGCCCUUUGGAUGAUAGGCCACACUCACUGGUCAACACAAAUCAAAUACUGCACCUGAUAGUCCAUUGCCGUUGAGAGGUGUAUUUAAAUUUUAAAGAGACUCCUUCAACAUUUUUACAUAUCACAGACUCUCAGCAGCUCCCCAAACACCCCAAACCAUGAUGAUUUUGCUUCUUAUCCUUUUAGCUCUCCCUCUCUUUCUCUUGUUUCUUCUUCGGAAUCGAAGAAGAACGCCCCUCCCACCAGGUCCUCCAGGGCUUCCCCUGAUUGGAAACUUGCUCCAGCUUGAUAAAUCAGCUCCUCAUAUCUACCUAUGGCGACUUUCUAAGCAAUAUGGCCCCCUCAUGAUCUUGCGCCUUGGUUUUGUGCCAACCCUAGUGGUUUCUUCAGCAAGAAUGGCAAAAGAGGUCAUGAAAACACAUGAUCUUGAAUUUUCUGGUAGGCCUUCCUUCCUUGGUCUGCAGAAGCUAUCCUACAAUGGCCUGGAUGUGGCCUUUUCACCAUAUAAUGAUUAUUGGAGAGAAAUGAGGAAGAUUUGUGUUCUCCAUCUUUUCAACUCUAAAAGGGCGCAAUCCUUUCGUCCCAUUCGGGAAGAUGAGGUUUUGGAAAUGAUUAAAAAAAUUUCCCAGUUUGCUUCUGCUUCCAAGCUCACUAACUUAAGUGAGAUCUUAAUUUCUCUCACAAGCACCAUAAUCUGCAGGGUUGCUUUCAGUAAGAGGUACGAUGAUGAAGGAUAUGAAAGAAGCAGAUUUCAGAAACUCGUAGGUGAAGGUCAGGCUGUGUUGGGAGGCUUCUAUUUCUCGGAUCAUUUUCCUUUGAUGGGCUGGGUUGAUAAACUCACAGGGAUGAUUGCUCUGGCAGAUAAAAAUUUCAAGGAACUUGAUUUGUUUUAUCAAGAAAUCAUUGAUGAGCACCUGGAUCCAAAUAGACCAGAGCCUGAGAAAGAAGACAUCACUGACGUCUUACUUAAACUGCAGAAGAAUCGUCUGUUUACAAUUGAUCUCACUUUUGAUCACAUUAAAGCAGUUCUCAUGAACAUAUUUCUCGCAGGGACAGAUACAAGCGCAGCUGCCUUGGUUUGGGCAAUGACAAUGCUCAUGAAGAAUCCUAGAACGAUGACGAAAGCACAAGAGGAACUCAGAAAUUUAAUCGGAAAGAAAGGUUUUGUAGAUGAAGAUGAUCUUCAGAAGCUUCCGUAUCUGAAAGCAAUUGUGAAGGAGACGAUGAGAUUGCACCCUGCAAGCCCAUUGCUAGUCCCGAGAGAAACACUUGAGAAGUGUGUGAUAGAUGGGUAUGAGAUACCACCCAAAACCCUAGUGUAUGUGAAUGCAUGGGCAAUCGGAAGAGAUCCUGAGUCCUGGGAAAACCCAGAAGAGUUCAUGCCUGAGAGAUUCUUGGGAACUUCCAUAGACUUCAAAGGACAGGAUUACCAACUCAUACCCUUCGGAGGAGGACGAAGAAUUUGCCCAGGCUUAAGUCUAGGAGCUGCGGUGGUGGAGCUGACACUAGCUAAUCUUCUUUACUCGUUUGACUGGGAAAUGCCCGCUGGAAUGAACAAGGAAGACAUAGACAUCGACGUCAAACCUGGUAUUACAAUGCACAAGAAGAAUGCUCUUUGCCUUUUGGCGAGGAUCCAUAGUCAUUAAUGGGAAAUAUGCCUACUUUUAUUUGACAUGAAUUAGUACAAAGAAACAACAGCCAAUUACUCUUGUCAUUAC